CACUUCACAGGUCCUGUGCUGCAGAGCUGACUGUCACUGAAAACAAGCAAUGGAGGAAAUUUAUGUCAAUGGGGAAUUUUCCAAAUCUUACAACCCAGUAGCUUCAACUAAUAAUUACAUCGGUCCAAGGAGCUCUAAGAGGAGUUUCUCUUCAGCCGUUAUUCUCUCUCUGGGCCUUCUGAGCAUUUUCCUGCUGGUUGGACUCAUCACCCUCAGUGUCUACUUGCACGGUGCAGCUACAAGUGUCUCUGCUACUAGCAGCAACAUUUCCUCCAUGACUGAAGACGAAAACCAUCUGAAGGCAAAUCUUUCCACUGUCAUAAACAAACUUUCCUCCAUGACUGAGGAGAGAGACCUUCUGCAUACCCGUCUCACUGAAAAGACCAGAGAGCUGGAAAGACUUCAGAGUUUGUCCAAACAGAAGAAAACUUGUGCUUCAGGAUGGAGAAUGUUCAGCUGUAGUUGUUAUCUCCUGUCUGAGAAGACUGGUUCCUGGGAUGAAGGCAGAAGUGACUGCAGAGACAGAGGAGCUGAUCUGGUGGUCAUAGACAGCUCUGAAGAACAGGACUUCCUUGUUAGCUUCACCCAGAAACAAACUUGGAUUGGUUUAAAUGACAAAGAAGAAGAAGGAAGAUGGAAAUGGGUAGAUGGAACUCCUCUGACUUCUUUGACGUUCUGGUCACCUCGCCAACCUGAUAAUGGUGGUGAAGACCCACAGUGGGGUGAGGAGGACUGUGUUCAUAUCAGGACAGAUGGAAAUACUUUGUGGAAUGAUCGUUCAUGUAGAAAUUCUUUUCCGUGGGUCUGUGAAAAAAUACCAUAACACCUCUUCUUGGCUUUUUGGAAGAUUAGAUAUGUGCACAUAUCGCUUAACUUUAGCUAUCAUUAAUAUUUUAUCCAGGUUUUCUGAUGUAUUCCUUUCUGAGUAGAUAAUAAGGUUUAGUUAAAAGGAUGCAAUCCUAAAAUGUACUUAUAGCCAUGUACUGUUCUAUAUACUACGUGCUCUUUUUAUAGAUAGACAGACCUUCUGGUAGGAAAAAAAUGUAACCUGAGGUACCACUGCUUACUGCCUUUUCUGAUUUAUCUAAUGAUUAUUCACUAUUAAAGAAUCAGUGGGGAAAA